UUAGUAACGGAAGUUUUGAGCCAAUGAGAAAAGAUUGCCAUACUCUUCCACCAAUGAAAAGUUUGGAUGCUCCAGCUCUCCCACUAAGCGACAAGUGUAUUGGAUAAAACAAAGAAGGAGGAUCCAGGGGGAUAAGUGGAUUUGAGGGCUUGGGAAGGAAAACAAGGACGCUAGUUAACGUUAUCUCGUUGUUGAAGAGGUGUGGUUUUGGCGAGGGUAUGGAGCACCCUGUGCACAGAGGGGAGACGAUGCCCAUCGGAUUGCAUGACAGAUCCCUCGUGGAGGACGACGACGCUCACAUGAAAGUUGCUCUGGGCUAUGGUGAUAUGGGCAUCUCUGCUCACCUGCAGGCAUCAAAGACUGGAAACACGCGGUUUUUCACAAGCAACACACACAGCUCAGUGGUUCUUCAGGGAUUCGACCAGCUGAGGAUAGAGGGUUUGUUAUGUGACGUCACGCUGGUGGCUGGGGAUGGCGACGAAGCUUUCCCCGUACACCGUGCCAUGAUGGCCUCCUCCUCCGACUAUUUCAAAGCCAUGUUCACAGGUGGAAUGAAAGAACAGGAUUUAAUGUGUAUCAAGCUUCAUGGAGUUAACCGAAUAGGCCUAAAGAAGAUCAUCGACUUCAUCUACACAGCCAAGUUGUCACUCAACAUGGAGAACCUGCAAGACACACUUGAAGCAGCCAGCUUCUUACAAAUCCUUCCUGUACUGGACUUCUGCAAGGUCUUUCUCAUAUCUGGGGUUUCACUCGACAACUGUGUAGAGGUGGGGCGCAUUGCCAACACAUAUAACCUCACAGAGGUGGACAAAUAUGUCAACAACUUCAUCCUGAAGAACUUCCCCUCACUGCUGGGCACGGGAGAGUUUGUCAAGCUACCAUUUGAAAGGUUGGCUUUUGUACUGUCCAGCAACAGCUUGAAACACUGCACUGAGUUGGACCUGUUCAAGGCUGCGUGCCGCUGGCUACGCUACGAAGACGGUCGUAUGGACUAUGCCCCAAAACUCAUGAAGAACAUUCGCUUUCCCCUCAUGAACCCCCAGGAGCUCAUCAAUCACGUGCAGACAGUGGACUUUAUGCGCACCGACAACACCUGUGUCAACCUCCUCCUGGAAGCUAGCAACUACCAAAUGAUGCCCUACAUGCAGCCAGUUAUGCAGUCAGAACGGACAGCCAUCCGCUCAGACAGUGCCCACCUGGUCACGCUGGGUGGUGUUCUGCGGCAGCAGCUAGUUGUUAGUAAGGAGCUGCGUCUGUUUGAUGAGAAGGCUCAUGAGUGGAAGGCGCUGGCACCUAUGGAUGCACCUCGCUACCAGCACGGUAUUGCAGUCAUCGGCAACUUCCUCUACGUUGUGGGAGGCCAAAGCAACUAUGACACCAAAGGCAAGACAGCAGUGGACACCGUGUUCCGGUACGACCCUCGCUACAACAAAUGGAUCCAGGUGGCAUGCCUUAAUGAGAAACGUACCUUCUUCCACCUCAGUGCACUCAAGGGACACCUCUAUGCUGUCGGUGGAAGGAAUGCUGCCGGGGAGCUCGCUACUGUGGAGUGCUACAACCCAAGGACAAAUGAAUGGACAUAUGUUGCAAAAAUGAAUGAGCCACAUUAUGGCCAUGCUGGGACAGUGUAUGGCGGUUAUAUGUAUAUUUCAGGGGGAAUCACUCAUGACACUUUUCAGAAAGAGCUGAUGUGCUUUGACCCAGAUGCGGAUAAAUGGACUCAGAAAGCACCCAUGACCACAGUGCGCGGCCUCCACUGCAUGUGCACGGUGGGCGACCGCCUCUACGUGAUCGGGGGAAAUCACUUCCGGGGCACCAGCGACUACGACGACGUGCUGAGCUGCGAAUACUACUCCCCCGCCCUCGACUUGUGGACACCUAUCGCCGCCAUGUUGCGCGGCCAGAGCGACGUGGGUGUGGCCGUGUUUGAGAAUAAGAUCUAUGUGGUGGGCGGGUACUCAUGGAACAAUCGGUGCAUGGUGGAAAUAGUACAGAAGUACGACCCCGAGAAAGACGAAUGGCACAAAGUGUUUGACUUACCCGAGUCGCUGGGCGGCAUCCGAGCGUGCACACUCACAGUUUUCCCCCCUGAGGAUAUCUCGGGCUCGCCCUCCAGAGAGUCGCCCCUCUCAGCACCUUGAUGAGUAAAGGGGGGGAGCCCCGUUUUGCUCAUACCCCCAUAACCCCCGCCCCAACCACCCAACCCCCUCAACAAACACACCUUCUAGACAUUGUUUGCACUUCCUCUUUGGACAACAUCUGUACUGCAUCCCCAAGUAUCCCCCAAACCCACCUCCCCUAAAGCUGUGCAGAAACCCCUUCCCUAAGUGAUUAAACCUACAUACCGAUACGGUUUGGCAACCUAAUUACACGUUUAUGUUGCAUACUCGGUAUAUUUUGGCAGGAAAUACCUUGACUUGAAAAGUGACUUUGCAAAUCAACUUUUCUACCUGAUGUCGACAAAGUUUUUUCUUAUGUCUCGUUUCUUUAGUCGUUCUACCUUGAGACUACCACACUGACUCUCUCUUCUAGUCUAUGCCAUGUUAGAUGCAGGUGACCCCCCCCCCCCACCCCGGGAGAGCAGAAGCGUAGGGACAGACGAGCCCCAAAAACACAGCUGGUUUUUAACUCAGGGGUUGGCCCAGGCCCCAUCAACGUCUCUCUUACAGUUUCAGUUCUUUCCUGCUAUUGCUAAGAAACUGUUAACAAAAUGGUGUUUUCUAAAUUUAAUAAACAUGAUUUUGAAAGUAA